AUGGCACUCGAAGGCCUCUGUUUGCUUAAAAAUGGAAAUCAAAUUGAUGAUUUUAAGUACCCCAAACUUGGUCUGAUGCUAGAUUACAUUAUCCGGCAACAGCCAAAGUUAUUAGAGUCCACUAAUAUUAGAGACCAGAACCUGCUUUUUCCUUCAAACACAUAUGUUGCCAUGAUCAAAUUUUUAAUGAAGUGCUUUGAGUCAGAAUUGGAAAAGAACAAGUCCUUAGAAAGCUCGCCUGAAUUUAUAUCAUCAGUGAAGACAUUUUGUUUGCUCUUGGAACACUCUAUGUCAUUUGAAGGCUCCGUUGAGUUGCACGUCACUUCUUCCAAAGCAUUGCUUAUAAUUGGAUCACAUAUGCCAGAGGUUGUAGCAUUGCAUUAUGCUCUCAAAGUUUCAUGGCUUAAGCAACUACUACUGAAUCAUGUGGAUUGGGACACUCGGGAAUCCAUUGCAUGUUUACUUGGAAUUGUGUCUUCUGCUCUUCCUCUGCCUGCAACAUCUGAUGUUAUUUCGGAAUUGACUUCAAUUUUCAGCCAAACACAUAAGUCGAGAUUUGAGACUCAGCACGGUGCGCUUUGUGCAAUAGGAUAUAUCACUGCAGAUUAUUUGUCUAGAGCACCUAUGCCAGACAUGUUUCUCCGGAAAACACUUAGGUGCCUAGUUGAUGUGGUUAAUUCUGAAACUUCUGCUCUUGCUGCUGUUGCAAUGCAAGCAUUGGGUCAUAUUGGACUGCGUAUUUCAUUACCUCCACUUGAGGAUUCUAAUUCAGAUGGAAUUCUGAUAGUUCUGUAUGAUAAAUUGAGUAAGCUUCUCUUGAGUGACGAUGUUAAAGCAAUACAGAAGAUCGUCAUAUCCAUUGGGCAUAUAUGUGUAAAGGAAUCUUCAUCCUCCCAUAUAGAUAUGGCCUUAAAUUUGAUUUUCAGUCUUUGUCGAUCUAAGGCUGAGGAUGUUCUGUUUGCUGCUGGGGAGGCACUUUCUUUUUUGUGGGGUAGUGUUCCUGUCAGCGCUGACACAAUUCUCAGAACUAACUUCACUUCACUAUCGACUGCUUCAAAUUUUCUGAUGGGAGAUUUAAACUCUUCUGAGUCAAAGCAGUUCCCUAAUGGACAAAGUGAAGAAUACCAUGCUUCUGCAAGAGAUGCAAUUAUCAAAAAGCUUUUUGAUGUGCUUUUGUAUAGUAGCAGGAAAGAAGAGCGAUGUGCUGGAACUGUCUGGCUAGUAUCACUUACAAAGUACUGCGGCAGUCAUCCUAUUAUUCAGAAAAUGCUUCCAGAAAUUCAGGAGGCUUUCUCUCACCUUCUUGGUGAACAAAAUGAACUCACACAAGAGUUGGCUUCUCAAGGCAUGAGUAUUGUGUAUGACCUUGGUGACGAAUCUAUGAAACAAAAUUUGGUGAAUGCACUUGUGAAUACAUUGACUGGGUCUGGCAAACGGAAAAGAGCAAUCAAACUUGUUGAAGAUUCUGAAGUAUUUCAAGAUGGAUCUCUUGGUGAAACUGCUAGUGGAGGGAAACUGAACACUUACAAGGAGUUAUGUAGCUUAGCAAAUGAGAUGGGACAGCCAGACUUAAUUUAUAAGUUUAUGGAUUUAGCAAAUCAUCAAGCUUCUUUGAAUUCUAAGAGAGCAGCUGCUUUUGGCUUCUCAAAAAUAGCAAAGCAAGCAGGGGAUGCUCUUAAGCCACAUUUACGAUCUUUGAUUCCAAGGCUUGUACGCUACCAGUAUGAUCCUGAUAAAAAUGUUCAGGAUGCAAUGGUACACAUAUGGAAGUCACUAGUGGCUGACUCGAAGAAAACCAUUGAUGAACACUUAGAUCUCAUUAUUGAUGAUUUGCUAGUUCAAUGUGGAUCUAGGCUUUGGCGGUCACGUGAAGCAUCGUGUCUCGCCCUUGCAGAUAUUAUUCAAGGACGGAAGUUUUAUGAGGUUGGGAAGCAUUUAAAAAGAUUAUGGUCAGGAGCAUUUCGUGCCAUGGAUGACAUAAAGGAAACUGUCAGAAUUUCUGGCGAAAAAUUAUGCCGUUCUGUAACAUCAUUGACAACAAGGCUUUGUGAUAUCUCUCUAACUGAUAUGUCAGAUGCACACAAAGCAAUGGAUAUUGUUUUACCCUUUUUACUUGCAGAAGGUAUAUUAAGUAAAGUUGACAGUGUUAGGAAGGCAUCAAUUGGAAUUGUUAUGAAGCUUACAAAGCAUGCUGGAACUGCAAUCCGUCCCCAUUUGUCUGAUUUAGUGUGCUGCAUGCUUGAAAGUUUAUCAAGCUUAGAAGACCAAGGGCUCAAUUACGUUGAGCUUCACGCAGCAACCGUUGGAAUUAAAUCAGAGAAGCUUGAAAGUUUUAGAAUUUCCAUUGCCAAAGGUUCUCCAAUGUGGGAAACUUUAGACUCAUGUAUUAAAGUUGUUGAUGCAGAAUCACUGGACACACUGAUCCCACGACUUGCUCAUUUAGUACGAUCCGGUGUGGGUCUUAAUACUAGAGUUGGUGUUGCCAAUUUCAUUACUCUGUUGCUUGAAAGUGUUGGUGUUGACAUCAAGCCAUAUGCUAACAUGCUGGUGAGAUUGUUGUUUUCCGUUGUCAAAGAAGAAAAAAGUACUGCUGCAAAACGCGCCUUUGCAGCUUUAAGUGCUGGUGACAAAAGCUCUCAAAUUGCAUGUGCAUUUCUCUUAAAGAGCUAUUCAUCCAGGGCAACAGAUGUUAUUGGUGGAUAUCAUGCAGUUAUCAUUCCAGUUGUUUUCCUUUCAAGAUUUGAGGAUGACACCAAUAUUUCCAGCCAAUUUGAAGAACUAUGGGAAGAAUAUACAAGUGGUGAACGAAUCACUCUCCAAUUAUACAUAGGUGAAAUUGUUUCUCUGAUCUGUGAUGGCAUGUCAUCAUCAUCAUGGACAAGGAAAAAAAAAUCUGCACAAGCUAUUUGUAAGCUCAGUGAUGUUUUGGGUGACUCUCUUUCUUCUCACUAUGAAGUUCUGCUUCAGUCUCUUAUAAAGGAAAUUCCUGGUCGCCUAUGGGAGGGAAAAGACGUGUUAUUGCUAGCAGUAGGUGCUCUAUCUAAAUCAUGCCAUAAAGCCAUUUCCACUGAUGGUUCUGCCUCUUCCAUUGCAAUUUUGAAUUUGGUAUCAUCAGCAUGCACCAAAAAGGAGAAAAAAUAUCGCGAAGCAGCAUUUACCUCUCUUGAACAGGUUAUCAAAGCCUUUGGCAAUCCAGAGUUCUUUAAUAUGGUUUUUCCCCUGUUGUUUGAUCUAUGCAAUUCACAGCCCCAAAAGUCACCAUCAAUCAGUGAUGCUGCUAAAGCAGAGUUGGACAGUGUUGAAGAGACUUCUAUUCCACAUAACAAAAUUAUAGAUUGUUUGACCUCUUGCAUCCUCGUAGCACAUAUAAAUGAUAUUCUUCAAAAGCAAAAGGACCUAAUGCACAUCUAUGCUGCAUUCCUAUUACCCGAAUAUAAAUGGACAGUCAAAACUACCGCAUUUUUAUCCAUCAAAGAACUUUGUUCAAGGCUCCACAAUGUCAUAAAGGACUCACAUGGAAGUAAUGAACAUGCCAGCAUAACUUCCUUUGUUCAAGAGAUGUUUCAUUCUAUAUCCCCGAAGGUUCUACAUUGCAUAAGUACAAUAAAAAUUGCUCAGGUUCAUGUUUCUGCCUCAGAAUGCCUUCUGGAAAUCAUGAAACUCUCUGUGGUAGUGCCUUCAGUUAUUGCAAUUAAUGAAGAAUUCAAAGAAGAACUCCUUCAUCAGUAUGAGAUAGAGAAGAAUGAAGGGGCAAAAUCAUUCUUAAGAAUGUGCAUAAACAUUCUUCAAGACUGGAAACGAUAG